UCGUAUAUAUUCAUUUUCAUUAUUUGUAACGAGUUAGCGAGCAAUUUAUAAAUUUUUGUAAAAAAAUAGAGAAAGUUAAAGAGAAUUGAUUUGUCUUCAUGACAAUUACCCAGAUAACAUAAUGUCUAAAAUCGGGACAUAAGACAUUUUUCAGACGUCUUAUGCGCCGAUUUUAAACAUUGUAUGCCUGGAUUAUUAUCUUUGUGAUAUUAAUUAUGUUUAUUUUUUCACGAUUUAUGUUUUAUCGUCAUUAUGUCUUACUAAUAUAUAAUCAUUACUGCUAACAUCAUUAUGUGCUCUUUAUGCGAUUUUUGUAUCAGUCAUUUUUCUAACGUUACCACAUAACACAUAUUAAAGCCAGCACGUUAUACAAUUUCCCGAAACUUAAAAGAGGAAUAAUUCGUGCAUGCAUCGACAAAUUGUAUUGCAAAAUAGAAACAAUCAUUGAUUGAACCUAUUGUUUCAUCAGUCUUUGUCUUCUCUGGAUAUUCCCAUUGCGGCAUUAUCCCUCGUAUCCUCGAUCCCCAGAGUCCUAUCGAAUGAUUAUUCCCGUAGAAAAACCAUAUUGUUACAAAUAUUAUGCACGCUCGCGCGUGCAUCCAUCCUUCAACUCAUCGUGGGAUUUGUCGCGUGUAUUGACUGCGAAUACUCUUAUCACGGCAAUGUAAAUAGCAAUGCGUAUUAGUUCCAUCUUUGUGAUAGCAAACGCUUUAUUUCCUCGGCGAUCAAUAGAACAAUAGAAUGCUAAAUGGGUGUAAGCGAUGAUAAAAUCACAGGGCCGAGUAUGUAUAUAUAUAUAGUGUAUACAUUGCUGAGCAUACCCGCACAGUUAUCUGACUAUUCAACGACGACGAACGUAAUUUCGUCGUUGUAAUAUACUGGAGCGAAUAUUUCUGCCAGUCACGAAUCGCUUGUAACACAUUCGAAUUUUGAGAUCAUCACGCGAGUGUAAUGCGAUGGACUCGAAGAGGAAGCAUCUUCUGCCUUCUACAGGGCAAACCCUCGAAAAGAUUUCACGUUUUUGCGGCAUCAAUCUGUCGAGUUACUUGGGCAGAUUGUACAAUAUUGUGCUUGUGGCGUUUUUUUGUUUUCUGACCCAUUUGACUUGGAGUGAUGUUUGCAUGCAGAAAUGCUCGCAACACAUUAUUAAGAGGAUCUUGGUGACGUCGUUUUAUGUUCUAUACACGCUCUUAACGUUGACGCUGCGGAUUACAUCUCUAUUUCGUCCAAAGCAAUUCACUUUCCCCUACCAGGAAAUGUUGAUCGUAGACUCUAUACUUGAAUCGUACGGUGCGCAAUUCUCGAACAAGGAUAUCUUCAUCGCGAAAAACUUGCAGGAUGGCGUGAUAAUAUCAUAUUGGUUUCUUAUAGUGAUACUUUUUUCUCAAGCUGCAAUUGUACAUAAAUCGAUUUACAUAAUGUGGUAUACUUUUCGUGCCAUAUACCUUUGUGUCUCUAUGUUACUUACGUUUGGGUUGUUCUCUCACUACGUGAACGAUAUAUACCUGAGAUUUCGUGAGUUGAACAAGAUCGCGAUGCGACACUCGGAAGAGAAAUUGACGGUUUCUUAUAUUGAAUUUACAACGGCAGGCGUUUACGAUAAACACGACGGCCUCGUCAAUAGCAAGAUUCGCUCGAUUCAGCAUAUUCAUCAUACGUUGUUCGUUUUAGCAAAGAAGGUAAAUGGCAAUUUUAAUUUGCCGAUUCUGCUAGGUAGCGCUAUACUCUUGAACGGAAUAAUUCUUUACUUAUACGAUAUUUAUAAUCACAUAAAAUUGCGCGAUAUUGGCGCUGAAGAAGUCGUCUUUCAAAUAAUCUUCCUAUUUUGGACCUCUCUUGUAUCUAUAUAUAUUAGUUACACUUGUCAGCGAUCGAGAAAUGAGUCUAGGCGAAUGACAAAGAUUUUGCAUGAUGUUUUCCUGAAACACAAGUCUCUGCGGUCCGAGGUAGUAUAUUUUUCCCUUCAACUGGUUCAUGAAGACUUAGUAUUCACAGGUUGUGGGUUGUUCGAAUACAACAUGUCCCUUGUAUGUUCCAUUGCUGGAGCGAUACUGACAUACGUCGUCAUGUUUGUUCAAUUAGAUACCAUUGCGAAAUUUCUUAUCGUAAGUAAUGCGUCGAGUUAUGUUGAGAAUAAUUCUACAGAGUAUGUUACGACUAGUGCUGCAUAAUUUUUAUGGCAUUAAUUAUACGUUUCACAGGGUUUACAUAUCUAAUUGUGAACCACGAUAAUCAAUAACAUUUUGUAAAUAUUUUUAACAGAGAAUUUUCUGUGUGAUAUGGGUUGCGUUUCCACUGAUUGUUCAACAUAAUCGAUAUUAUAGUUUCCUGUAAUGUAAUGUACCUUCUAACGGAAGUAUAAUAAUUUGCAAUUUGUAUUUUCAGUACUUGCGAGUUAUUGUCGAUAGAUAGUAUCUCUGUAAUUAAAACUAAUAUACGUAGACUGUAUUUCGUCGCGGCCCUGACGGAAAUAUUUUGCUGAAAGCGAUCAGUAUUAUAAAAUCACGUUGUCCUGAAACAAGACUCCUUCUUCUUUUCCUUCUUCUCUUGCCGAUAUAAGGCCUUUUCCCCUCCAGUAUGUCAUUGACACGAAUCAGUUGCUGCUGAUAACUCUUAGCAGUCACCGUUUCUCCACUGCUUCGUUAGGUUAGAUUAGUAAAACUGUCAAUUAUUACAAUACGUUUUAGUAUUGUAUAGUAUAAAGCCUAUAAAUGGUGC